CCCACGGUGCUCUGUUGAAUUCCAUCGCCGUCCAUUAAAGCAGCCGACUUGGAAAAUACAAUAUCAAAGUGUGCUCCGUUUUACCAGAAGCUUGCUUGCAUAUCAUCAUGGAUGACAUAUUCAUGGAGCAAGGAUACUGAGAAAGGAUCUCCGUAUGUGUAGCGCACGCAUCUUCGACCCUGUCGUGGCUCACUGCAUUGCCUGGCAAAACGGAACAAUUGGUGGAUAAUUCUCCUCGUGACUUGAGUUGAGCAUAUUUCAUCGCUGAAGUACAUAGACACACGAAUGUGGCUUCUGUCAUGAGUCCGGCCGGGUGCUCCCAUGUGACCAGUUUUAAAGUGGAGAACUGGAAGCAGAAUCUGCGGGUCAUAUACCAGUGCUUUGUGUGGAGUGGCUCUGCUGAAACCAGGAAACGCAAGGCAAAGUCAUGUUUAUGUCAUAUGUGUGGAGCACACUUAAAUCGACUUCACUCCUGUCUCCAUUGUGUGUUCUUCGGCUGUUUCAGCAAGAAACACAUCCAUGAGCACGCCAAAAACAAGAGACACAACCUAGCUAUAGACCUUUUGUAUGGUGGAAUAUAUUGCUUUGUGUGCCAAGACUACAUAUAUGACAAAGACAUGGAACAGAUUGCCAAAGAAGAACAAAGAAAAGCAUGGAAAUUGCAAGGUAUUGGCGAGAAGUACUCUAUGUGGGAGCCCACGAAACGAGAACUGGAGUUGCUGCGACACAACCCCAAACGGAGGAAAAUAACGGCAAACUGCACUAUAGGGUUAAGGGGUUUGAUAAACCUUGGGAACACGUGCUUUAUGAACUGUAUUGUUCAGGCUCUCACACACACUCCACUGCUGAGGGACUUCUUCCUGUCCGACAGGCACAAGUGCGAGAUGCAGUCCAACUCUUGCCUAGUUUGUGAAAUGUCUCAGCUCUUUCAGGAGUUCUACUCGGGUCACCGAUCUCCUCACAUUCCCUUCCGGUUGCUGCACCUCGUGUGGACCCACGCACGACAUCUUGCUGGCUACGAGCAACAGGACGCUCAUGAGUUCCUCAUCGCUGCUUUGGAUGUGCUACAUAGACACUGCAAAGGAGAUGAUAAUGGGAAAAAGGCUAACAACCCAAACCACUGCAGCUGUAUCAUUGACCAAAUCUUCACUGGAGGCCUGCAGUCUGACGUCACCUGUCAAGUUUGCCAUGGGGUUUCCACGACAAUAGACCCAUUCUGGGAUAUUAGUUUGGAUCUGCCAGGUUCCUCAACCCCCUUCUGGCCCCUCAGCCUGGGCAGUGAUGGCAGUGUGGUGAAUGGAGACAGCCACCCAACUGGAGCUACCACACUCACAGACUGCCUGCGCAGGUUCACUCGACCUGAACACUUAGGAAGUAGCGCCAAGAUCAAAUGCAGCGGUUGCCAUAGUUACCAGGAGUCCACCAAGCAGCUGACAAUGAAGAGACUGCCUAUUGUGGCAUGCUUCCACCUUAAACGGUUUGAGCAUUCCGCAAAGCUCCGGCGAAAGAUCACCACCUAUGUGUCCUUUCCUCUAGAGCUGGACAUGACACCCUUCAUGGCCUCAAGUAAAGAGAGCCGAAUGAAUGGACAGUACCAGCAGCCAGUAGAUUCAUUAAACAAUGACAACAAGUAUUCUCUGUUUGCAGUGGUGAACCAUCAGGGCACGUUGGAGAGCGGCCAUUACACCACGUUUAUACGCCAGCACAAGGACCAGUGGUUUAAAUGUGAUGACGCCAUUAUCACUAAAGCCAGCAUUAAAGAUGUUCUUGACAGUGAGGGGUACUUGUUAUUUUACCAUAAACAGUUCCUAGAAUAUGAAUAAUCCCCAGAUCAAGAAGUGGUCAGAGUCACAAGCUGUGAAAGGAAGAUCAUAUGAGUGAAGGCGAGGUGGACAACAGAAAGAAAGGAGCAUAAACCACCCGGCCUGACACUUGUUCAUCCCAGGAGAGCUGUUAAAAGAAAAUAAAAAGUCUUUAUUAACUAAGGAAAUUAAAAAUAUCAAAAUAUGAAAUUGAAAACAAACAAAAUACACAGCUAAACCAAUCUGCACUGAGCAACCGUAGCAUACUUGACAGAAAGAG